AUGGCGGCUGUAAAAAGCCUUCGGAAGCUCCUUAUUUUGGAGUUUCUCCUGUGGAGGGCCUUUGCCUCCUCUAUCUCUUUCUCGGUUGCACCCCAAGGGCCCGCCUUCUCUCGCCAGAGACCGGCCCUCCGUUUUGAAGCUUUCAUCAAAGGCAUCAGGGAUCCUCCUUGCCGCCUUUCCCUGGGAAGGGGAGAGGUCUUCCUACCCCGUGCACUGUGGAGGGUUGGGUUGCGACGCUGUGGAGAGGCCAGGCACCCCAGGACAGUCGUAAAGAAGCUCUGCGAGCGUGUGGCCGUCUGGUGUGUCCUGCAAGCAGCACCACAUGCAACAAGUGCUGCGGGGGAAGAGUGCGUAGAAGAGUUUCAAUGGGGGAGAUGGGGAGGGGAUCCUUGCCCUGAUCUUCCCGCCAGCUGUAUGCACAGUGGGCAGUGGACUCGCGAUGAUACAAGUGCUGCUUUCAGUAGCGUUUCUACUUCCAGAUAUUUUCCCAGGGGCUCCUGGCGCCCCUGGGAAUAUAGGGUUCCGGGGACCAGACCGGGCAGGUGUCUGCUCCCCACUCAAGAGCACAGAGGCUUCGGCGGAUCUUUAGCUCCCUUUCUGCGACCCAUCUCCCCUUCGCGGCGCCUUUACAAUGCACAGGACGGCUAUCUUCCGCCUGCAGAGGCCCAGCAGGUCCCGCGUGACAUGGCGGCAUUUCAAGAGGCGAUGAGCCAACUCGACAGCAAAUUUCUGCAAUUCGCGAAGGAGACAAACGAGGAAAUACUGCAGAGCCUCAGCAUGUUGUGGAGGCAGCGGCACCUGGAGCAACGCCAGGAGGAGGCACAACAGCAGUGUCUAGACACACGACCAAGUUCACCCCUCUUCAACGCGGGGGAUGCCGGUCCUCUCGUGCGAAAACGCGGGAGUGCGUUCAGGGCGCGAGCCUACAAGACAGCGUAUGAAAUCCUGGGCAGCUCGCGUAUCCCGAUUCACAAUAUCGCUGAAGUGCUGCUGCUGCUACGCGAAGGGGGCCUUGUACUGCGAGGGGAAGAAAGAAACAUAGUGCAGAGGGGAGCCUUCCGCUCAGCCGUCCUCCAGAAGAUACUCGUGGUGUUGUCUCACGGCGUGGCCGAGCUUAUUAGGAAGUCGCGGAAUGCCAUGCGCGAAGGUGCCCUUCAGGACCUCUGCAGACUGCCUGGGAUAUCUCGGCGCACGGCAGCUGUUCUUUUUGACGAUUACUUAAUUGACAACUCACAGGCACUCCGGGACCACCUCGCGGCUCUCGUGCCUGGAGCAUCCAUUAACACCGCAGCAGCCCGCGCUGGAGCUCCGUCUGAGCAGUGGUCGGAACAUACAGAGCCACUGCAGCAUCAAGACAAGGUGGCGGGGCUGUUGAAGCUAUUCCCCACUGCCCUCAGCAGGGCGUGCAUUAUGCACGCGGACAGUUUUGGGGCUGCCAUGGACGCCGCGGAGUUUGACGAGUGGCAGCAGCAGCUCUUGCUGGUGCAACAAAGCCUGAGGGAGGCGCCCGCGCUGUCUCCGCCGCUGGCGCUGGACUUGCCUGAGAUGAAUAAUGGAUUCAGCCGGCCGACGAGUAGGCUUGAAGGGUUGCGCGCCUUGCCGGUGCUGUCGCUUGGAGGCGGUAUAUUUCAUGGACGCAACAGAAAGCUCGCAUCCCUGUCUCUGCAGGUUUCGCUGCUGCCCAGUUGGACAGAAGAAGAAGGUCUACUUCCCCCAACUCUCGAGCGGGCCGUCUGCACCGGAGGGGAAGGCGCCGGGCCCCACGAGCUACGCUGGGUGCAACAGCAGUGGGAACGCGUCUCCCAGGCCUUUUGUCGGCUGCGCAUGGAGCUCCACCGCAGCGUCGUACAGGCGCUGCAGCAGCGCCACCUCGUCAGCGAAGUCUUUUGUGAGAACUCCAGAACGAAGACGACGCAUGCAGCGGGCAGACUGCCGUGGCACCAGGAGAGCUACAGACUGAUAAGCAUCCAAACGGUUUCGCCCCGCGCGUUUCCGUUCGCUACCUUGGCCGCUCGCUGCUGCGCAUCUGCCUAUCGACGGUUGCAACAGAAGUCGCAGCAGCAGUGGGGCUGCACUCUCACGCCUACCGGCUUUGUGCUGCCUGCCGCGAAAACGCAUCCCCCCACCUCCUCACGUCCAGACGGGGCAGGCUCUUUUUCGUCGUCUGGAAAAUCGAGCGGAGGCGCCCCCGAUCAACAUCAGAGUAAUGAGCACAAUAACGCUGCCCCUGCUGUGACUCCUGUCUCUGUGGAACAGACAUGGUGGGUCCUUGAUGAACAGGGCGUCCUGCGGCUCCUGCAGGAACCCCUCUCAAUGCAAGAACGCGUAGGCGAUCUCGGUUCCAGCACAUAA